CCACUCGAGUCACCCCACAUCAGUCCAGCUGACCACCCGACCGUCACCCACUCCGGCGAUCCUCGCCGCCGGCCGGAUGCCUCCGCCACCACCCCGGCACCGGGCCGGAGACCCCAACCCCAACCCCACGCCCGCCACCUCACAUUCCGGCAUGGUCAAGCUCCUCGCCGACCUCCUCCACCACACCGCGCCCUCCGCCUGGCCGCCGGCGCUGGCGGCGCCGCUGCUCCGCAGCCGCCUCGCCCCGGCCCACGUCUCCUCGCUCCUCCUCCUCCCGGCCUCGCUCUCGCGCCCGGACCUCUCCCGCCGCUUCCUCCUCCUCCUGCCGCCCCACCUCGUCUCCCCGCUCUGCCUCUCCCUCCUCGCGCUCUCCUUCAUCUCCGCCCCCGCCACCGCCCCCGCCUCGCCGUCCCGCUGCCGCUCCCCCUCCCCCUCCCCGCACGCCGCCUCCCUCCUGCUCUCCCUCGCGUCUUCCUCCCCGUCCGCCUCCACCUCCUUCUCCUCCCUCUCCCACGCCUCCUCCCUCUCCACCUUCCCGCGUGCCGCCACCGCCGCCGCCGCCUCGCUUCUCGCCUCCUCCUACCUCCGCCUCCGCCGCGCCCGCGACGCGGCCGCCGUGCUUCACCUGUCCCUGUCCGCCGGCAUCACUCCCAACCAGUACACGGCUUCCCACGUAUUGUUUUCCCUUGUCAAGAUUCGUCAGUUCACCCUUGCUCGUGCCCUGUUCGAUGAAAUGCUUCACUCUGGUGCUCGCCUGGAUGAGCAUGUUUACACUGCUGGGAUUCGGGCGUAUUGCGAGGCCAGAAAUCUUGACGGCGCCAAGGGGCUUCUGGCAAGGAUGCAUCAUGAGGGGGUCAAGGUCAGUGUGGUGCCGUACAAUGUAUUGAUCUACGGAUUGUGCAGGAAUCAUCGCAUUCAGGAGGCGGUGGAUGUAAAGAACAGCAUGGUGGCUGGAGGAAUUACAGCUGACGAAGUGACUUACCGUACGCUCGUGUAUGGGUUCUGUCGGGCGGAGGAGCUGGAAAUGGCAUUGAGAAUGACAUAUGACAUGGCCAGGCUGGGGUUGGUGCCAUCAGAGGCCAAUUGCUCAUUUAUGCUUGAUGGGCUACGAAAGAGGGGGAAGGUUCAGGAGGCUUUCAGCUUAGCUUGUCAGUUGGGUGAGUUGGGCAUGGUGCCCAACAUAUUUGCAUAUAAUGCAUUGCUUGAUAACCUGUGCAAGAGUGGUAUGUUUUGCGAGGCAGAUCGGCUUUUCAGUGAGAUGGUGCACAGGGGUCUGGAGCCUAAUGAGGUGACUUAUCCUAUAUUGAUACAUUCACUCUCGAAAAGGGGGAUGAUGGAGGAUGCACUUGACAUGUUCGAUAGGAUGAGGGAGAGUGGUGUCAGAGUGACAGUCUAUCCGUACAAUUCAUUGAUUAAUUGUUGCUGCAAACAGGAUGAUUUAGACAAGGCGAUGGGCUUCUUGAGUGAGAUGACUGACAUUGGAGUGACACCGAACGCAGCUUCAUAUUCUCCACUCAUUGCUGGUUUCUGUAGAAAAGGGGAUCUGUCCAGUGCCAUCGAACUCCACCGGGAGAUGGCUGAAAAGGGUGUUGCAUGGAACACUUAUACGUUCACAGCACUUAUCAAUGGUUUGUGCAAGAAUAAAAAGAUGGAUGAAGCUUCUCGGUUGUUCACUAAGAUGAUUGACAGCAACCUAGUACCAAAUGAAGCAACUUAUAAUGUCAUGAUAGAAGGGUAUUGCCUGGUAGGCAAUGUAAGAAAGGCAUUCCAGUUAUAUGAUCAAAUGGUGGAUAGGGGCCUCUCACCUGACAAUUACACGUAUAGACCAUUGAUAAGUGGAUUAUGCUUGACCAGUGGAGCGUUGAAAGCAAAGGAAUUUGUUGCUGACCUAGAAAACAACUGCCCACUGAACAAAUUUAGCCUAACCACACUUAUGCAUGGAUUGUGCAGAGAAGGAAGGUUGACCGAAGCAUACCAUGUCUGGGAUGAGAUGGCAAUGCAGGGAGUCAACCUUGAUCUUGUCAGCUUUACAAUUAUUGUGUAUACAGCCUUGAAGCAGCAUGAUACGGAAAAAUCAUGUGUGUUAUUGAGGGAGAUGACAGAAAAAUGUGUCAGGCUAGACAAUGUGUUCCAUACAUGCAUGAUUGACAUGCACUCAAAAGAAGGAAAUAUGCUCCAAGCUUUAAAGUGUUGGGAUAACAUGAUUGCUGAUGGCUGCUUUCCAAAUACCGUCACAUAUACAGUUUUAGUAAAUAAUCUCUGCAAGUCAGGGCAUUUGAGCAGAGCAGAGGUCCUCUGUAAAGAAAUGUUAUCCAGUCAGUUCCUUCCUAACAAUUAUACUUAUAAUUGCUUUCUUGAUUGUUUUACAACUGAAGGUAAACUGGAGAAAGCUAAAGAUCUUUAUUUCGCCAUGCUUCGAGGCUCUCUUGCUAACAUAGUGACAGUUAACACAUUGAUCAAGGGGUUCUGUAAGGUUGGGCAGAUUCAAGAAGCAAUUGGCCUUAUUAGUACGUGUACUGAAAAUGGUCUUUUUCCUGAUUGCAUUAGCUAUUCUACAGUAAUACAUGAGCUUUGCAAGAAGGGUGAUACAAAUAAAGCGUUUGAGCUUUGGAAUGAAAUGCUGUACAAGGGAUUGAAGCCUGAUAUUGUAGCAUACAAUAUUUUGAUAAGGUGGUGCAAUGUUAAUGGUGAACUUGAGAAGGUUUUGGGAAUAUACAGUGAUAUGAUUCAGAAAGGGGUGCAACCGAACUGGCGCACAUAUAGAGCUCUUUUCUUAGGAACCUCUCUUAUGACCAGCAAGCAAGAUACUAUACUGCCGAACACCUGAUGUUUAGGGUCACCGUUUCCAUUAUUAUCCGUUACCUGAUUAGUCUGACUCACAUCACACCGAGGAGUGCCCUGUGCAGUUGCUUCAUGGACAAUCUGGGGCUACCAGAAUAUGCAAAUUCUUCUUUCAGUGAUAUGGCGAUGCCUGAGUUUUGAGCAUAUCAGCGAAAUGGAUUUAUUAGUGAUGGUUGGAGUGGUUGAUGAAUCUGAAGCAUGCAGGACACAUGCCUUGUUCCACUUUUUUCAUGCUGUGUGUUUGAUGAAUCCGGCCAUGACAUAGUAUAUGUAGCUCCAGCUCCUCAAAAUCUAAGCUCGGUGACCAUAACCAGGGUUUUACAGUUGCAGUCCUCUGCAUGGGACAUGGUGUCUGUAAUCAUGGUCUGUACAUCACGACCAACCUAAUUUCUGAAGGUGUGGUCAUCUGUACAGAUGCCACUUCUAGUUUCUGUUGAUGUGGUCAUCCAUUAGUUAUGGAGCAACUGGGCAAGGAACUAUGCUGGAAGCCUGGAUAAGACAAUGCUGUAAUUGGGAUAUUUUUGCGCUCAUCCUUCUGAAAUGGAAGAAGUUCAAGCAGAUAAUAUAGGCAUCUGUCGUUGAAGUUUCUUACGUUUGCUCAGGCUGCACAGUUUGUUUGAUGUACAAUAGAUCCAUUACCUGUACAAACUGUGGCCAUCCCUCCAUAUAUAGAAGCAAAGCCAUAAAUGAUCAUGCAUACCAACAGUUUAACCCUGAGAAGCAUGGAUAAUUUCUUUUUUUUUUUGAGAAAACGCAAAAGCCUUGCGUUUCUUUGCAUUGAAAAGGGGGAUAGUACAGCCUCCGAAGAGGAAGUUACAGCACGGUUACAUGUAGGUCUAGUGGACAUCCCAGGUUGGAAGCAUGGAUAAUUUCAUUAUUUUUUCUUGGUGUCAGGCUAUCAGCAGUAUCGAGCAAUCUGUUUUUUUCUUGUUUGUGAAGCAAAUGUUCCUGUAAAUAUGUUGUGAAAGAACUACUCACUUACUCUUGUCUCUAAGUCAAACCUGUUUAAGUUUGGCCAAGUUUAUAGGAAAAAAAACACAUCUACAAUAUUUA